UUAACGGGGCUAAUCGAAUUGGAAAUUGAAAAUUUAUGCUCAAGAGUUCAAUUCAAUUCAUGCAAAUAUCAAUAAUCAAAAUAAACAACUAUAGAAAAGGCAAUUGCACUGCGGCGUAUUGCUCUCCCUUCCCUCUGUGAUGACUGUUAUGGUGGAAGUGGAAGACAUUUUGCAUGUUCUUAGUCACUGCCAUCAAGCUCGGGGAUUUUUGUUGGGUUUGGUUGAUCCCAAUUUUGUGGGACAUUAUUUUAAUCCCAAUUUGAAGGUUACAGAAGGGAUGCAAUUGAAAUUAAGAAGGAACGACCUCGUGAAUUUUAAAUGUUCCAGGAAUGGCUCACUGUCCCUUCCUCGGGCUGAGACGUCGGUGUCUUGGAGGGACCCUGAUCAUGGAUUUAACAAGCUCAAUACCGGUGGGUCGAGAAGAGAGAACACUGGAGAAGCGUCAGCAGGGGGUCUUAUGCGGGAUUUUGUGGGAAAUUGCUGCAGAGGUUUUGUUUCCAACUUAGGUCGUUGCUCUAUUCUGGCUGCGGAAAUCUGGGAAAGGUUUGAAAUUAGCCAAAGCGAUGGGAAUAACUCAGAUCAUGGUUGAGUGCUAUAAUGAAAUUGCAGUGGUUAUUUUGCAGGGAAGGAUUGAGGGGCAUCCUAUGGUUUAUGCUCUGGUCAAGGAAGUCAAGAGAUUUCUUGAGAUGGAUUGGGAUGUCAGAAUUCAGCAUGUGUAUAGAGAAGCUAAUUUCUCUGCAGAUUGGAUGGCAAAUUUUGCCUCGAGCUUUCCUCUGGGAACGCAUCAGAUUGCUCUUCCGCCUGUGGCUCGCUCACGAUGCUGUUGGCACUGCCUAUUCUAGGAAUGUGGUUGCGUAGUUUGUUUUCUUAGCCUUUGGGCUCGUUGUUUCCACCCAAAAAAUAGAAAGCACUUGAACAAACAUGUACUCAUCCCACUUUUCAGAUAAAAUUCAAUCUCCUCUCUGGCUGUCUCAUUUUCUAUUUCUGUGUAUCUUACUCGUUGCUCACCUGGCAUGUCGUCACUGCUAAGAUCACUAUAACUCUCAACAUCUCUAUAUAAAGAGCAUUCCUCAUUCUGCACUUACCAUCUCAACACUCCCAAUACCUUCAUCCAUUAUCGUUUCUCCACUGAAGAACUCGCUUCAACCAAUGGCUGCUACUGCUUUGGAUAAGAGCGUGCCUGAGAUAUUGCCUCCAGUGCUGGAACCCGCUGCUGAGCAACCUCCACUCUUCGAUGGAACCAUAAGGCUGUAUACCGCCUACAGAUGUCCAUUUGCACAGCGAGUGUGGAUCACCAGGAACUAUAAGGGUUUACAAGACAAGAUCAAGAUAAUUCCUCUCAACCUUGACAGUAGGCCUGCUUGGUAUGGAGAGAAAGUUUACCCCACCAAUAAGGUGCCAUCUUUGGAACACAACGGCAAAAUCAUUGGCGAGAGUCUUGAUUUGAUUAAAUACCUUGAUAGCAACUUUGAAGGGCCAUCUCUUUUCCCUGAUGAUGCUGCUAAAAAAGAGUUUGCUGAAGAGUUAUUUGCCUACACUGAUACUUUCAACAAAAUUGUGUUUACUUCAUUUAAGGGAGAUCCAGCAAAAGAAGCUGGUCCCGCUUUUGAUUACUUGGAAAAUGCUCUUCAUAAAUUUGAUGUUGCGCCAUUCUUGCUUGGCCAAUUCAGUUUGGUGGAUAUAGCCUAUAUUCCCUUUGUUGAAAGAUUCCAUGUAUUUUUAUCAGAGGUAUUCAAAUAUGAUAUCACUGCUGGCAGGCCUAAACUUGCAGCUUGGAUUGAGGAGAUAAACAAUAUUGCAGCUUACAAGCAGACAAAAUUAGAUCCAAAAGAGAUUGUUGAAAUAUUCAAGAAGCGCUUUCUGGCUCAGUAAUGCUCUUGGCAAUGGUGGUUUUACGAAGAGACUGAACAAGAGACUUAAUGUCUCCUACAUAAUAUAUCUUGGUUGAAUAAAAAUAUUUUUCGUAUUAUUGGUUUUGCAAGGAUCAAACUCAUGUUAGUAAUGUAUUGUUGAAUGGUUUGCCAGUAUGUGCCUCGAGCGCAUAAAUAAAGAUGAUACUUGUUUAAUGAUA